CUUCAACGCCAAAUAAAGCAUUCUGGCGGGAGAUUUAUGCUUUAUAUUCCUCACCAUAUCUCUCCGCACCUCAACUGUGUCAAUUUUCUGGCCGUUCUGCAAGGAAAUCCAGUGCUGGCGCGUAGGAAAUGACGUGGGAGGGUGCGCAGAUCACAUUGUGGUCAGUUGUAUUCUUCACCAACUGAUCGCCAGCAGUUCGAUUACUGAGAAAAAAGUGGAGCUAUUUUGUGUGUGCACAAAUCAUAAAUAUGUUGAACAGCACUUUCGCGUGUACGGCAUGGAUGGAAUGUAAUCAAUAAUUUGCGAUAAAUGGCCAAGAGCGAUGGGGGAGACGCGGAAAAUGGCCUCAGCACGCGAAAUUAUUAUAAAAUUAAAUGGAGAGUGAAGAGAGAAAUUUCUUCAUCAAAUAAAUUAAUUCACUGAGCACAACAUCUCUUUUUUCGGGCGAUGAGGAAGCUGACCACCCUUUCGCCAUGUUCAACAGAUUACCAUACAGCAACACAGCAAUCUCAUACUAAAUAGUACAGAAAUGUUUAAUUGCAGCACAGAUUACUCUUGAUAACUCUUGCAGAAGUUGCCGCGCGGAGUGCACUUGGCCAUCAAUCCCACAGCUGAGGUGCGGAGUGUGCAUGAUUAAAUGGUGUGAGCGCGAUUCAGCCUCAUGACGACCAUGUAUCGCCCAAAUUUCUACGAGUCCACGUGCCUGAGAUGCAACGAGAUUGUCUACCAGGUGGACCGCGUGGGACCGCUCAAGGACUUCACAUUCUUCCACUCGGGCUGCUUCAAGUGCAUCCACUGUGGCACCAAAUUGACCCUCAAGACCUACUACAACAAUCAGCACAAGCAGGAGGACAAAGAGGUCUACUGCUCGUCACACGUACCAAAAAGUGGUCCUGGUCACUUGGAUCAGACAUCCGUGGGAAUACGGCAGGCGCUCAACGUACCCAAAACCAACAAGUUCAUCAAUGAGCAGAUCAGAGGUCAGAGAACAGAUCAGGACGGAUCCCGUCAAUCCACACCAAAUGGUUACCACAGAGGCCGAGAUUUGAAUUCAUCGGCAAAUGACAGUGACUACAAAUAUGGUAGAUUCGACGCCAGUGCACUCCACAUUGCGCACGCCCUCAAGCAGACGGAGAUCCAGAAGGCAUACAACAAGAGACGCGAGAAGCCUAUUGACUUAUAUUUGGAUCGAGCUGAGCAGGCGCGCUUGGAAAUGAAGCACCGGAAGGAGGAGGAUGAUCUGUAUAGGAAGUUUGCGCGCAAGAGAGAAGAGGAAGACCGCAAAGUGCAGGCAGAGAUUCAGGAUGAGUGGGAGCGUGAGUUGCAGCGCCUCACGCAUAAAUUCGAGAAAGAAUUGGCAACAUCGCGACGCAGCCGCGACGAGCAGAACAUCCUCACGAUGCGCCAUGAGCAGCAGAAGGAGGAUCUGGAGAAGAACAUGACGUUGCGUCGCAACAAGAAGAAGGAGAGCCUCACGCGGAAGAUGCUGGAGCAUGAGCGCAGCGAGACCGCCGCUCUGGUGGAUCGCCAAUCCAGCGAGAUGCUGGAGCUCAUUAGUGCGCGCCGCAGUGAGUACAUGCAGACGGAGAGCAUCUUCCUGGACGACGAGUUCACGGAGGGCACGCUACCGCUCGAGUAUCCCAAUGUGGCGCCGCCGCCGGCUCCGCCAACAGUCAGCAAGUUCCAAAUCUACACGGAUCCCAUAGAGUUCGAGGAUGUGGACCGUGUGGCCAUCACGGUGGCCAAGGAGGACCAGAAGACCUUCACAGAUCUCGUGCGACAGCUGGUCGGUCGGUGCACCAGCGACAUCGAGAAGGCGCGCACGAUCUUCCGCUGGAUCACCGUGAAGAACCUCAACACGAUGCACUUCGAUGACGAUCUGCGCGGCGACACGCCCAUGGGACUCCUGCGCGGCAUCAAGUACGGCACCGAAAGUUACCACGUCCUGUUCAAGCGCCUCUGCAGCUAUGCCGGCCUGCACUGCGUCGUGAUCAAGGGCUACUCCAAGAGCGCCGGCUAUCAGCCCGGCGUUCGCUUCCAGGACUCUCGCUUCCGCAACUCCUGGAACGCUGUCUACGUUGCCGGAGCGUGGCGCUUCGUGCAGUGCAAUUGGGGAGCGCGUCAUCUGGUGAAUGCCAAGGAGGCGCCCAAGACGGGGCGCGGGAAGAAUGACAGCCUUCGCUACGAGUAUGACGAUCACUACUUCCUUACGGACCCGCGAGAGUUCAUCUACGAGUUCUUCCCACUGCAGGAAGAGUGGCAAUUGCUGAAGCGUCCCAUCACACUCAAAGAGUUCGAGAAUUUGCCCUUUGUGCGCUCUCUCUUCUUCCGCUAUGGCCUCCACUUCGCCGACGAGGGCUAUGGCGCUGUGGUCUUCACCGACGACACAGGAGCGGCCACUGUCCGGAUCGCCAUGCCCGCCGACAUGCAAGGCUGCCUUAUCUUCCACUACAACCUCAAGUUCUACGACAGCGAGGAGGAUUCCUAUGACAGCGUCUCACUCAAGCGCUUCGUCAUGCAGUCGGUGAUUGGAAACAUCGUGGCGUUCAGAGUGCAUGCGCCCUGUUCCGGGGCUUUUCUCCUGGACAUCUUCGCCAAUGUGGUCACGCCGCAAGAGUACUUGACCGGGGAGCCCAUGAAGUUCAAGUCUGUGUGCAAAUUUAAGAUUUGCUGCGAAGAACUACAGACAGUCAUGGUGCCCCUGCCGGAUUGCGCGAGUGGCGAAUGGGGCCCCACCAAAGCCACUCGCCUCUUUGGCCUCGUGCCAAUAACUCAUCAGGAACCUCUGAUAUUUGCCGGGAGGAUAAUUGAGUUGCAGUUCCGGAUGUCGCGGCCACUCACAGACUUCAUGGCGACACUGCACAAGAACGGAAUUGAGGAGAAAAAGCUGGCCAAGUACAUUUCCCACAGCAUCAUCGACGAUGUCGUCACGUUUACAAUCAGCUUCCCGGAAGAGGGUCAGUAUGGCCUGGACAUCUACACACGAGAAGUGGGCGCUGUUUCUCACUAUCACAACAACAACUCAUCGAGUGAGAAGCACUUGCUCACGCAUUGCUGUAAAUAUUUGAUAAAUUCAUCAAAGCGCAACUAAAUUGAUAAUGUUC